GAAAAAGUUGAGGUAGUAGUAGAGAGAGAUGACGAGAAGAGAUGUCGUUGACAACUUUAAUCGCAUGCUCGGCGCGAAUAGUAGCUCUCGGGGAGUUGCGAUGCGAGAUCGAGAGGAGGAUGAGAAUUCUUGCGCAUCAUGAUGUGAAAUGAGAUUGCUUUCUGCCUGCGUACUAUUGUAGCUGUCAGAACACGAUCAUGUUAGAAAUGUUUCCUCAGUAUUGACAUCCGUAGUUGUUGCUGUCGAAGGCGAAGGACAGAACAAAGGUGGACCAGGUUCUUUCUCAACGGCGUUUAUCUUUAUCUUCCAUCGUGCAAGCAAGAAAAUGAGCCGUGUUCUGUCCGCUUUCGAUCCUGCGCAGAACCUUUUCGACGGUUUUUUUCACAACACGAGUAAACUACAAGUAGCCCCUUCAUCCUCGUCGUCGGCGAACUUUGUUGCCAGAAGAGCGGCUCCGCUGCCGCGAAAUACAACCACUGGCACUUGUGCUCAACCUCCCUGCUUGCUGAAUCAUUCCGAUCCGACGCUCGGUGGAACAACCGCAAACCCCGCACCAGCAACAAUACGAAGGAGCCAGGCGACGUCGUUUUUGUUUCAACCAAACCACGAGGUGCAGAAUGCUCGUCACCAGAACUACUCGAGCUUCUCAUCGUCCGGUGGUGCUACAGGAAGGUCAGCUGGAGCAAGACACCCAUCUUCAUCAUCGUCAAGUACAAGUACAAGCAGUUCUUCGAGUGCAUCAACUAUACUUGCACCACCUGCAACACACUUUACUCAGCACCACAGCCCCUUGCUGCAUAACAAACACAAAGCAGAUCCGAAAACCAGUUUCAUCAUGCGGUUUUACUCGCACAUUGACAAAGCGGCAUCUAUAUCAAAUGCAAAAAUGUCUGGGUCUGGAACAUUCUGACGCUUGUCAUGCACGUUUUGCAUGAGCCCUGAUGUCUGUGAUGCAUGCCCUAGCAUCACAGAUUUUUUCAGAGCUUCUUGAUGCCCAUUCCGCAUGACAAAUGUCCUCUCCGCGUAGCAAAAAUUACAGCCCUUUUGGUACUCAUGCAAUACAGAUUUUUCUGGAAUCCAAAUGCAGCAUGACAAGUUGCAUUCUUCCAGACCCAGACACUUUCACAUUUGAUAAUCUACCUCCACCUAUUCGGAAGGUGAUGUCGACGACACGUUUUCGGCGGAAAAAGCGCUGGCGCUGGGCAGCGGGUAAGAUAAAACAAAUCUUCGCUUUUCCUGUUGUUUGUCAUGCGCGAUUUUCAUUCUCCUUCUCUCCUCUGAUGAGUUACAGCACCCGCAUUCAGAAAGACACAAGAAAUAUCAUCUGAAUUUUUUAUCAAACACCUGCUUCCACACGACUACUUUCAGUUAUUGGUGUUCUUCCGGCAAGCACGGCUUCAACGACGUCGUUUCUUACGCGGGGGAGCUGAAACACCGCAAAAAGCUCUCCGGCGUGAAAAUCUUCUGGGCCUACGCACCGGGGAAAGUACAAAUCCGAACCAGUCCGGACGGCGUGCACUGGAGCACGAUCAUACCCUUCCACGCGAGUCCCCGGUCGGAGGUGACGUACGAACAAAACUUGUUGUUCGACAAGCAACGAUAUGAAAUGUAAAAAUGUCUGGGUCUGGAAGAGUGCAUGUUUGUCAUGCUUGUCUGGCAUGAGUCUUAAAUCUGUCAUGCACGUUACCCAAGAGCACUAUUUUUCUGUGAUGCAGAAACGCAGUCUGGCAUGCAGAAUAGGCAACACCUAGAAGCUCAGAAACUUGUCAUGCUGAGCCAGUACCUGUGGCCUCAUCAUGAGACGCCCCCCAGCAUCACAAGUUUCCAGACCCAGACACUUUCACACUUGAUAAACGAAACGUGAAAAAGAUCAGUGUGGACAUGACGAAUCCGCGGCCUUGGGGGUUCUUCGGGAUCAACCAGAUAUCGCUGCUGAGGUGACGAAAAUUUUUUCCUGGGACGAGUUUUGGAGGGGAUUGAAACUCCUAGCUGAUUGUGAGGAAAAAUAAAAUCAAGCGUAGUGGCCAGUGUAAUAGAUUUUGUUUUUGGCUCUACGCUGUCCUCAGUGACGGGCAAGAGUAGAGCAAGACUCAUUAUGUUCCGAGAACAGCAGGAGCAGGAAAUGAGAAUGACCAUGACGUUGUUAAGAACACAAAAAAAGACACGUGUGGUUUCAAGUUUCUGUUUCGACUACUUCCGCCAAAAUGUAGCACCAUUGAUGAUUUUGCUUUUAAGGCAAUCUUCUUGUUGGCGAAACUACGUGUCAGACAUGAUGACUAUCUCGACGACGGAGCAGUGUGGUCGUGUU